AUGAAACCCAACUUUCAAAAACUAGUAGUCAACGGCUACUACAAAGAAGCUCUUUCUCUCUUCACUCACUCUCAUUGCUCCUCUUCCACUCUCCCCUCCCUCCUCAAAGCUUGCAGCAAGCUCCAAUGCAUUCCACAAGCUAAGCAAAUCCAUGCUCUUCUGAAAAAGUCCGGUUUUGAUGCUGAAACUCACACGGUUACCGCUCUCAUUCAUACUUAUGCCAGUCUCCAACUUCUUGAUGAUGCACUCAAGGUGUUUGAAGGAAUUCCUCAACGAACUUUGCCUUCUUAUAAUGCUAUAAUCUCUGGUUUAUCUCAUGCUUGUGAGUUUGAUAAGUCUGUUAAUGUCUUCAAGCAACUUUCUGUCAAUGGUUUUCUCGCUAAUUCUGUUAGUGUUGCUAGUGUGCUUCCUGCUUGCUGGAAUGUUGUGCAGGGCUUGCAGUUGCAUGGAUUUGUGAUAAAAAUGGGCUAUGUAUCUGAUGUUUAUGUGUCGACAUCUCUGGUGACCAUGUACUCUAACUGCGAUGAGAUAAGGUCUGCUCAGAGAGUGUUCUUGUUGAUGCAUUCGAAGAAUUUAGUAAGUUAUAAUGCAAUGAUUUCAGGGUUUUUGAGGAGUGGUUUGGUUUUAAUGGCUUUGGAUGUGUUCAGGAAUAUGAUUUUGUCAUUGAGAGAGCGGCCUAAUUCAUCGACUUUGGUCUCAAUUCUGUCUGCAUGUUCUGAUCUUUCGUCUUUGAAAAUUGGAAAACAAGUGCAUUGCUAUUUGAUUAAAUGCGAGGUUAGCACUGGUGUCAUGAUACAAACGGCACUCAUGGAAGUAUACUCUAAAUGCGGGUGCUUAGAAUUCACUUUCCGAAUUUUUGAGGCAAUGGAGGAGAGGAAUAUAGUGACUUGGAAUACUAUGAUAUCAGGCUUGCUAUUAAAUGGACAACUUGAUGCUGCUGUGAAAUUGUUUUUCCAAUUAAGAUCAGAAGGUCUCAGACCUGAUAUGGUGACAUGGAAUCUUAUGAUCAGCGGCUUUUCGCAUUCAGGAAAUGAGGCUGAAUCUUUCAACUUCUUCAAAAGAAUGCAAGCAGAAAGAGUUCAGUAUCUGAGCUCGAAUAUCUUAACCAGCCUUCUACAAGCAUGUUCAAAUUUUCCAAACCUUUUAUAUGGCAAGCAAAUCCACUGCCAUAUCAUUAGAACCAGAGCAACCGAAGAAGAUGAUUAUCUGCUGACAGCAUUGAUCCACAUGUACAUGAGCUGUGGAUGUUCAAUUCUUGCACAACGAAUGUUCGACAGAAUUGGAAGGAAAUCAAGCGAAGCGGGUUUAUGGAAUGCAAUGAUUUCGGGAUAUGGAAUGAAUGGAGAAAACAACCAGGCACUAGAAGUAUUCAGAAUGAUGCAAGAGCAAAGAGUGAAGCUUACUUCAGCUUCAUUCCUCAGUGCACUUUUGGCUUGUGCACACACCGGACAAGUAGACAAAGGGUGUGAGAUCUUUAAGAUGAUGACCGAAAGCUAUGGAGUUAAACCGACACCCGAGGUUUAUGGUUGUGUGGUUGAUCUGUUAAGUAGAUCUGGAAGGCUUGUUGAAGCUUGGCAAGUAAUACAGAGCAUGCAUGAGCAUUGGAGUUCUCCGUAUUUUUCUUUGCUUGGUGCAUGUAAGAAUUACUGUAAUGCUGAACUUGGAGAGAAGGUUGCUGAAAAGCUUUCAGAAUUGGAGCCAUGGAAUCCCACUGCAUUGGUGACAUUUGGCCAAUAUAUAUGCAGUAAAAGGGAGAUGGAAUGA